AUGUCUACAGCCGAGACGAGAUUUUACAAUGAAAUUCCAGAUAAUCCAAAUAGAAGUAACGCUUUGCCAGCUAAUGUCAAUAUUUAUGAAACGCCAUGCGUUCGGCAGCAAAAGCACAAAGAUACUGAAGACACAACAGUAAAAGGAGGACUGAUUGCCCUGGCAAUAUUUUUAUCAAUGAAUGUUGGGCUUGUUGUUUUCGGUCUUGUGAUCAUCACACAGCUCCAAAGUGAGAUGAAAAUUUUGGAAGAUCAACUGACACAUCAAGGAGACCAGUCAUUUGCUAGGUUGAAAUGGCUAGAGGAAAAUGGUAAUUUUACUGUUGUAGAAAUGAACAUCACCGGUGGAGUCUUUGAUAUUUAUCCGGAAUCAAGAGCCAAACCUGUUGAAGUUUACUGCGAUAUUGUAACGGAUGGAGGCGGAUGGAUUGUGUUUCAAAGACGAAUGGACGGAACAGAAGAUUUUUACAGAGGAUGGAACGACUAUGUCAGUGGAUUUGGCGAAAAAGAUAAAGAAAUGUGGUUAGGGCUGGAAACAAUCUAUCAACUGACUAAAGACGGAAGUUUCGAACUACGAGUUGAUUUGGAAGAUUUUAAUGGAACUACUGUUUAUGCCAAGUAUGGGAUUUUCUCAAUCUCAUCUGCAAGCGAAAACUAUGCAUUGUUAGUUGGAGAAUACUCUGGAACAGCCGGUGACUCAUUGACAUAUCAUACCAAUAUGCAGUUUAGUACGAAAGAUUCUGACAAUGACCGAGAGUUGCCCGGCAAUUGCGCAAUUGCUCGGAGAGGGGCUUGGUGGUACAAUCAGUGUUAUCACUCAAAUCUGAAUGGGAUGUAUUACCAGUACGGGCAAGAUACUGUACGAUCCGUUAAUUGGUAUCACUGGAAAUCUAAUCAUCAGUCUCUGAAGUUUAGUGAGAUGAAGUUUCGGAAGAAAACAUAA